AAUAUGGCAGAAACUAAAGCCUUCCAGCUUGAAGCAGCCUGUGCUCUCGCCUUUUUCUUUGUCGUAAUCUGUUGGGUUGAUGCAGCUUCCUUCCAGCAGCAUCAGCUGCUUCAGAAAGACCCAGACUAUGUAAUGAAAAACUUACAAAGGUUCCCAAAUCCUGAUAUGAUCAAAGCUUUGGAAUACAUAGAGGAUCUUCGCAAGCAAACUAACAAGGGAGAAAGCAGCCCUGAUUACAACUCUUUCCAAAGUGUCCCAUAUCUCCUGCAACAGAAAGAAAACAAAGAUCAGGUUCACCUACCAGAUAAUGUAAGGGAUUCUUUGACUGAAGAUGAGUCCCAAUGGGUUAAGGUAAUGUUGGAAGCCUUGCGACAAGCUGAGAAAGAGUCAAAAGUUGGCCCAAAGGAGAAUAAACCUUUUGGUCUGAGUUCAGAUAACAACUUUCCAGCUGGAGUGACUGAUGAUUAUGAGGCUUACAAGUGGCCUGAGAGGUGGCAAAAAUAUCUCAAAAUGCCACUUGGGCACUAUGAAGACAGCUCAAGAGACAGUCCUUUCAAACGUACUAAUGAAAUAGUGGAAGAGCAAUACACACCCCAAAGUCUUGCUACGCUGGAGUCUGUGUUUCAGGAGUUGGGGAAGAUGGCAGGACCUAGUAACCACAAGAAAGAAAGGCUGGAUGAGGACCAGAAAUUGUAUACGGAUGAUGAAGAUGAUGUAUAUAAAGUGAAUAACAUUGCCUAUGAAGAUGUGGUUGGCGGAGAAGAUUGGAAUCCCAUAGAGGAGAAAGUGGAAAGUCAGACCCAGGAAGAGAUAAAAAAUAGCAAAGAGGAAAUUGAUAAACAUGAAGAGGAGAUCGAUGAUGAAAUGAAAAGAUCAGGGAAACUCAGCUUCCUUGAGGAUGAAAUAAGAAGAGGAGACAAUAAAGAUCAUAUGUUGGAGGACGUUUCAAAGCUAAUGAAUUACUACCUGAAGAGGCUGAUGGGCGGUGCUGCAAAUAGGAAAUUAAGGACUGGAGGAGAACUUGAGGAAAAAAGAGCGCCCACAUUUUUGGAUAAGCAACUUGAUCCUCAGUCCAUAGCUCAGCUAAUAGAAAUCUCAAGGAAUUUACAAAUUCCUCCUGAGGAUUUAAUAGACAUGUUGAAAGCUGGAGAACCAAAGCAGCUUCAGAAUGAAAGGUUGGAAGCUGAGCAGGAAGCAGAAUUCCCAGAAGACCUUGAUGAGAUCGCUGAAACUAAUCUAGGACAGAGUGAUAUAUUUAAAAAUAACGUAAACUCUAAGAACGGGUACAUGAAGCAGCCUUUUAAUGUUAUUCCAGAAAAUUUACCUGAAGACCUCAAUAUCGAAGAUAUUGUCAGUCUUCUGGGAACUGACAAUUUAGCUAAUCAGAAUCCCUCCUACUUGCUAAAUCGUCUUAAUCAAGAAAAUGAUUUGCCAAGACUGUCUUACAUUCCCAGAAGAUUGAAAGGACACCCAUUUCCUAAAGCUGCCUGGAUGAACGAUUUGGAAAGGCGACAAAUGGAGUAUGAGAAACUGAACGAGAAGGACGAAGAGCUGGCCGAUUACUUGGCAAAGGUGUUGGCAAAGUACCCUGAAGUUAUCAAUACAAACCAGAUGAAACGAGUCCCAGUUCCAGCUUCUGAAAGUGACUUGCAGGAAGAUGACCGGCUGGAGCAGGCCAUCAGGGAGCACCUAAGCCAGCUGGGACCGCAGGAGGCUGCGAAGUUGGCUUCGCUCAGCAAAAGGCUUUCCAUGGCUGGGGAAACCGAUGACACGCAAAGCAGGCAGUAUCUGGAUGAGGAUAUGCUAGCAAAGGUGCUAGAGUAUCUAAAACAGGAGAAAUCAGAGCUCGAAAGAGAUCACAUUACUAAACGGGCAAUGGAAAAUAUGUAA